AUUGAUAGAGUGGAGAUGCAUCAGAAUAUGGGUGAGCAACGUGACAAUUGGAACAAACUUCUUUUGAAUUCCAUUAACAUGAUCACUCUCACAGCUACAACCAUGGUUGGUGUUGCAGCAACUGGUGGGGCAGGAGCUCCUCUUUUGGCUUUGAAGCUAUCGUCAACACUCUUGUUUACUGCAGCGACAGGGAUUUUAUUUAUAAUGAACAAAAUACAGCCCUCACAGCUUGCAGAAGAGCAACGUAAUGCUACAAAAUUGUUUAGGCAGCUUCAGAGACAAAUACAAACUAUCCUUGCUCUUCAUGAGCCUACUGAGUUGGACGUGAGGAAUGCAAUGGACAAGGUAUUGGCUCUUGACAAAGCUUACCCACUUCCUUUGCUGGGGAAAAUGAUUGAGAAGUUUGCUGCAAAAUUUGAGCCUGCACUUUGGUGGCCCAAAUCUCAUGACUUCCAAAGAAAAAGCAAAAGACCUGGAAAGAAUAGGUGGAGUGAGGAGCUGGAAAUGGAGAUGAGGGAGGUUAUUGAAGUGAUAAAAGGAAAAGAUACGGAAGAUUAUAUGAGGCUAGGAAAUUUGAUAUUGAAGAUAAACAAGAUUUUAGCCAUCUCAGGUCCAUUGCUCACAGGCAUUGCAGCUGCUGGGUCUGCAUUUGUGGGUAACGGUUCUUGGGCGGCAAUAGUUGCAGUGGCUGCAGGUGCAUUAGCUACCACAGUUAAUACGUUUGAGCAUGCUGGCCAGGUUGGUAUGGUGGUUGAAAUGUAUAGAAACUGCGCUGGAUUCUUCUCACUUAUGGAGGAAUCAAUCGAGUCUUCAUUAGAAGAAACAGAUUUUGACAGAAGAGAAGAUGGACAAAUGUUUGAAAUGAAGAUGGCUUUACAGCUUGGAAGAAGCUUAUCAGAGCUUAGAGAUCUUGCCCAAAAAUCUUCAUCUUCUCGUAUAGAUGGAGUCGAAGUAGAUGAAUUCGCUAGCAAAAUCUUUUGAUAUUUAUAAUUUUUUUUUUUGUCCAUAUUUCUAAUCCCGUUAGUUCAUUCUUUUUUGUGAAAAAAUUCUUUUUGUAUACAGAGGGAAACGAAUUCAAUA